UACGGGAAACCGGGUCAUCCGUGUCGCAUCGGACUCCAAGCGAGGGCACAAGCUCCCAUCCAGGUCGCAUCAGCAUUGGCUAAGCCCAGCCAAGCUCCCAUCCGCCAAUCCUAACAGUGGGCCUUGGGCCACCACCACGCAGUUUGGGUAUAAAGCGGCCGCCAGAAACCCCCUUACUCGAGUGCAAAACCUGUCUUGGGGCUCACGGCAGCCCACAGGGAGACCAGAAACUUGUCAGACACGGCAGCACCUUCGCUUUGCAGGCCCCGAACCAACGCCAAGAUGAAGUCCCUCCUGACCCUCUCCCUCCUCCCCCUGGCCGCCACGGCGACCAACAUCCUCCUCCCGCUGUACCUCUACCCCAGCGCCGUGUGGAACGACAACGCCUCGCACUGGCAGUCCCUCCUCACCACCCUGCGCGCCCACCGCUCCGUCUCGUUCGACGUCAUCAUCAACCCGGACUCGGGGCCCGGAGGGCCGGGCUUCGGCCGCGACGACGUCAACUACGUGGCGGGCGCCACCCUCCUCAAAGCCGAGCCCAACGUCCGCACCCUCGGCUACGUCCACACCGACUACGGCCGCCUGCCCGCCGCCGCCGUGGCCGCCAACGUAUCGGCCUGGGCCGCCUGGCCCGCCGCCGCCGCCCCGCGCGGCGUCUUCUUCGACGAGACGCCGAACGGGAACCCCUGGAACACCGACGAGCCGGGCUACAUGCGCAGGCUGGCAGACAACGCGCGGGCGGCCGGCGCCGUCGGCGGCUUUUUGGUGUUCAACGCCGGGCAGAAGGUCGUGGACGCGAACGUGCCGACGUACUUUGACGCCGCCGACCAGGUCGUCGUGUUCGAGGAGGCCUGGCCCGUGUACCGGACCGUCGACCCGGUCGCCAACAACCUGCCGGCCGGGCGGGCGAAUAAGAGCGCCAUCAUCGUGCACACGUUCACCGGGGACCUUGUAGACCUGGGCGCGGAGCUGGACAGGAUCAGCAACGCCAACAUCGGGGGCGUGUGGUUCACCACCACCGACUACAACCAGUACACUGCGCCCCCUGCCAACGCGGAGAACCAGGCAAACCUGCUGUCGUAGGGAGCAUAUACUUCUGAGUAUCAAGGAAAUGUCAUACAUCCAUCCGAUCAAUAGAAUAAUCUAUCACAGAUUGAUGUUUGGUGCACAGCCUUUGGCUUAGGGUAUAUUCCUAAGUAUCUCCUUCACCUCUGCGAAGUCACAGUCUUCAAAGCGAAACUCCAUAAAGGACGCCCCAACACACCAUGCAGGAACACCAAAUGUACUCCUCUGUCCAGACAGGCGAGUGGAUGAUACCAUG